GGGAUUUCUCCUCAUCCAAGAUGACCAAUGCAGGAGAAUGGUAGAGAUAUAAAAAGGAAUAGCAGCACUUGCGCUGCGAGGAUCUCCUCUAGACCUUCACUUUCCUUUUUUUUUUUUUCUUUUUCUUUCCUUUCAAGUGACGGUUUUGUAGUUGACACUGCUUGCAACCUCAACGACCUUCUUAGAAGAUCUGGUCCACGAUACGGUACGCUGAAGUCGCAUCCCUAGCUUGUUUUUGGCCUUUCCAGUCUCACACCUCGUCAAGCUCCGCCUUCCCUUAUGGUGGUAAUGGAAGACGUCCUAGCCAAGGGCAGGGAAUCCUGCUAUAAGGCUCGGGACGCUUUCUAUACCUGCUUGGAAAAGGAAGCGGACAAGAAGCCAACGGAGGUGGCGACCGUCGGCCUUCUAUACCCCGCCGAAUGCAAGAAUUCCAGAGACGAAUUCGUCAAGAGUUGCCGCCCCACUUGGGUGAAGCACUUUGAUCGUCAGUACUGCGCCAAGAAAAGAGUACAGAGGCUUCUCGACAACGACGAAUCUCGCCGAGGUCCCAUUUCGCUCCCACAGCCGUACACUUUCAAGCCUUAGCUACGUCCCAGCCUCGUACUUCCUCUUAUCUCAUUUUCUUCAUGUCUAUAUGUAUUGUUUCUCUGGUUCUGACUCCUGGUCGUCCAAAAAGCGGAUUCGUGACAUCUUGUCUGGGCUAGUCAGUAAUUUAAUUGCGCUUCGUGAGUGUAACAAAUUUUUGAUGCCAUAUUUCUUAUUUUUAAACAGGUU